AUGACAGUUCCAGAAGCUUCAGAUGCUUUAGAUCAAACAAUCAAGACCCCCAAAAAACCACUUAUUUUGAGUGUCGCAACUAAGUUAACAUCAAUCAAUUGGAGAGAUCCAACAGAUAGAUCAAGAGAAUUAUCAAGAGAUAUCAAUGAAAUCAUCAAUUUUGCACAAUUAGCAGAACAAGCCAAGAUACAUAACAUUUUUUUCGUUGAUCAUUUAAGUUGGUUUGAUGUUUAUGGUGAUAGUCAUGCAACAGCUGCAAGAACUGGGUUUAAUGCUACAAGAAUUGAUCCAUUAACAACUAUUUCAGCAUUAGCUAGUCACACUAAAAAUAUUGGAUUCAUUUCAACUUUGAGUACAGUCAGUGAACACCCUUACCAUUUUGCAAGAAGAGUUGCAUCUGCUGAUUUAUUGAGUGGUGGUAGAAUUGGCUGGAAUGUUGUGUCUUCUUAUAUUCCAAGUAUUGGGAAAAACUUAUUGAAUGGUGAACCCUUUCCAGAACAUGACGAACGCUAUGCUAAAACCACUGAAUUUCUUGAUGUUUUAUACGCAUUAUUGUUGAGCUCUUGGAGAGACGAUGCUGUCGUCUAUGAUAAAGAAGCUGGUAUUUUUGCCAAUCCUGAUGCUUUAAGAGAAAUCAACCAUGAAGGUAAAUUUUUCAAAGUGAAAGGCCCUGGUAUUACUGAACCUACACCACAAAGGUUUCCUUUAAUUACUCAAGCUGGUACUUCCAAAAGAGGUGUUGAAUUUGCAGCUGAAAAUGCUGAAUUAAUUUAUAUCGGUUUUGAUUUUUUACCAAAGAUUCCUGAUAUUAGAAAAUUAGCACACGAGAAGUUUGGUCGUGAUCCAUCAUCAUUGAAAUUCUUCACACGCAUUGUUCCUGUUAUUGGGGAAACUCACGAAGAAGCUGUUGCUAAGUUUGAAGUAUAUAAGAAGUCAGUUGAUCCUGAAUCAAAUUUAGUUUCAUUAGGCGGUGUUACCGGAUUUGACCUAUCAGGUUAUGAUUGGGAUGAUCAAGUUGAAUUUCCAGAUCAUACUAAUGGGAUUCAAUCAUCAUUAGAAGGUUUGAAAAAACGGAAGCUAGCACCAACUAAAAAAGAGUUGGCUGAUAAACAAUUGGAAUCUGCAAAAUAUGUGGGGACAGCACAAGAGAUUGCAGACCAACUUGAACAAAUUGCCACAGAUUAUGAUAUUGAUGGCUUCAACUUUGCCAUAAAUAACUAUCCGGAAUCUUUGGAAGAUAUUGUUCAUUAUUUAGUGCCAGAAUUACAACGCAGAGGUCUUGCACAAACCGAAUAUGCGGCACCAGAUGGGACCCUUAGAGAAAACUUCAACAAUAAACCAGGUCAAUCAUUCUUGAGUGGUGAUCAUCCAGCUUAUAGUUUGAGAUGGAGAAGUGGUGUUUCCAAGGAACAAUUUGAACAAGAGCUGGAAAUAUUCAAGAAGUUAAGAGAUGAGAGAAGAAAAGCGUAA